AGAAAAAAAAGUCCAGAGAAAAAAGUGAUAAGCAGCUUCUGGGUUUUGCUUUCAAGCGGACUCCUGCUGAACUGGUGUGAGUGAGUGUGUAUGUGUGUGUGGUGCGUUCACUCUUUUUCCUGCCACAGUAGCAACACAUUGCAGCAGCGUCGGCCCCGAACAAAAGGCUAAAUGCAGCAGAGCCACAGGAGGGGAACUCAGAGAUAGAAGCAGGCAGAGUGGCCCAGCGUGAGUGCACUUCUCAGGGAGCAGCUCAACCUGCCAUUUAGCCCUCCUGGCCCUGCAGUGGAGACAGGACGGUACACUAGGCUGGCCCAGGCUACCUGCCAGUGUCUCUGUCAGAGCUAAGGAACACACCCCUGUUGUGUCUUUCACUUUGUCUACUAUUUAUAAAGCUCAGUCUCUGUCAUUUUCUGCUGAAAUUUCUGCACCUGCUCUGGGCGACUUUCCUCUUCAUCCAGCUACACUCCAAGAUGUCAGAUGAUGACUGCCUCUCGCCCAUCGGCCUGGACUGUUGCAGUUGCUGUCUGGACUUGGCCAAUGGCUGUGAUGAAUCCAUAUCCAGCAGCCCAGCUCAGGGCCUUGGUACUACAGGAGGCCUGCCAGCAAGCCCCACAAGCCCCACUGUAAAUCACUUCCGCCAGCUCCGCAACCAGCUGAUGUACCAGAACCUGAACACGGACAAACUGAACAACAUCAUGAGACAGGACUCCCUGGAGUCGGUUGUGAGAGACCCCUGUUUCCUGCUCAAUGAGGGGAUCUGCAACAGCAACAUUGAUCAGACCAUGCUGUCUAUAUUGCUCUUCUUUCACAGGACCUGGCAUCAGACAACACUGAUACCUGAUGAGAAUCACUGGAGGGGUUCAAGCUGGCGAGGGGUCACAGACUGCUUUACUGAGGUACCAACAUACAGGUGUGUGUGCUUGCCUCAUGUCACUGGUGCACGGGAUGAGAUGUACCAGCCAGGCCCCCUUAAUCUGGUGCGCUGUGGCUCACUGAAAGACUACAUAACAAACAGAGGGAUGUGACAAGCCCUGGAGAUGGAUUUCUGUCCAAUGUGACCUGUUUUAUUCUGCAGAAAUGCUUUGCAAACCCGAGAAAGUUUCCUUCUGAUAUACUGGGCUUAUGUGUGAUAACUACCUUUGAAUAACCUUUGGGGUUAUUUGAGUGUUUGUGUUUGGAUGUCAAACUGAUCUCUCUAGUGUUUCCCAUCAUUUUUUUGUACCCCCUUCUUUUUCCUCAUCACCAUGCUCCCUUUUCACACUACUCCUCCUUUCUUUCCUUCUCUGACUUCCUCUGAUUUUCUCUCAGCAUCACUCAUGUGGCACUUCUUAUCAUACCGAGCUACAGGCGAUGUAAUUUCUACUGGACAAGGAGGAAAGUAUACAAUGUAUGCUUCCAACACACCAGCUCAGUAUGUAAAGCAUAUUUUCAGCUUGUAUGUCUUGCACAUAUUCUUAUAUUGGUGCGAUAUAAUAAUAGAGUUAUGAAGCAUAGAAAAACAAAGAGAAAAAAUGAAUCAUGUUGCUAUAAUGUUUUCAGCAGCAUAGGCAAAAAAGACAGUUCUAGGUUGCUGCACUAACUCCUUCCUCUACACACUAAAAAAAUAAUAAUUUGUUUUAGCACAGUGGCUAUGUGUUGCUUUCUGAGACAGGAGGACACUUCAUGGUAGUUUCACAGGUUUGUUGCCAGUGAAAACAGUGGCAAUAAGCCUGGACACAACUGCCAGGGCGCAUAUACCCAAUUCAUUCGUCCAACUCAGAGAGUUAGUCUGUGUUUCAGUUACUCUUUAAAUUGUACAAUAGCUCUAGAACAUAAUAUUCAUGCUAUACUUAUUCUUACUAAGGGUGGAAGGCAAACAAAGCCAAAGAACCCCAAUUUGCUUCAGCUAUCAGACAUCAAAAACAAGGUUACAAGCUACAAAAGGGCCGCAGAAAGAAAGAGCUUUAACGAGUUAUUACUGAGCUACAAAACAUGAAGGAUGGUUCAUUCAAAACAAGAAAAGACACAUAACUAAAAGCCCAGGCAGUCAGAACUUCAUAAAAACCUCUUAUUCUUUAAUGACUAUACUUCAUAAUUUGUUUUACUUGCAAUGUAAACACUUUGUAAGGUAACAGCCUAAUUUCUGUGCAAAAAAUAUCAGCCCUUUGAUGCAGUACACUUGUUACUGGUUGUGUGAUUUAGUUGAUUAUGUCUCUUCUGUGUUUGGAGGUGCACAUUAAUACAUGACCAGCCUACAACAUUCUUGUUUCUGUCACAAUUAAAAAACGUAUGCAUGGAAAAUCACUAAUGUUUGAUUUAUUUUUACAAUUUUUUACAAUCUCAUGAGACAAUAACUGCACGCACUUGCAUGAAAUGAGAGGACAUCAUGAAACCUUUUAUUUCAGAGCAAAGAUUUUAUGCCAAAUAUAAAUAAGCCAUUCUCAAAUAAAAACUUACUGUAGCACCUUAAUCACUACUGACACUUACUGACACUGUCACUUUAUCAAUGCUUGUCAUCAUGCCCUUUUGUUGCUAAAGUAUUUAUACCUAUAUUUCUAUAUCCAUACUCUAUACUGGUACUCAGGUUGUUGCACUCUAUUUAUUUGUAUUAUUUUCUUACUUGUUAUUCUGUUUGUUUGUUUUUUAAUUUAUUUACUUUUUUAAUCCUGUUUUUAAUCCUGUUUCACGUAAUUUCGUUCCACCUCAUGUAAACAUG